AUCAACUGACAAUUCGGGCACUGAUGAGCCGAGACACACAAGCAAACAGAAUGUAUAAUAAUUAUGUAUUAUAAAGGUUUUAAUAAUCUGCUGUAAUUAUUUAAAUAUAGUAAAAAUGGCAGCAAAGCAGAAAAAUAUUUUUACUCGAAGUAAACCAUUGAUGAACAUUUACAGUGGUGUAGAUCACGAAGGAAAAGAGGUGGAGGUUCGUGAAGAUGCGGAACAGUUGGUUAAGUGGCACGAGAUAUCGGAUGCAUUGGUCGCGGCUGGGUACUAUCGCGCCCAGUUGCAGGGUCUGUCAGCUUUCGACAAGAUCGUCGGCGGGCUGUCUUGGUGCAUAGAGUUGUGUGAUAUUGACGUGGAUGUCAGUUUACUCUUUGAGGAGAACCUUACUAUUGGAAAAAAGAUUGCACUAACAGAAAAAAUAGUUAAAGUACUGCCUUCUAUGAAAUGCCCAUUCAUAAUUGAGCCUCAUCAAAUCCAAGGAUUGGAUUUCAUCAACAUUUACCCCCUCAUACAAUGGCUUAUCAAAUACUCAAGUGAGUUCCGAGAAGCAAAAGAAGAUGAGCUCCGGAAGUUUGCUGUGAUGCAGUAUGACAAGGAACACAUCUUUGAAUCAGAUAGAAAAGUAUUUGAACAAAAAGAAAGAUUGCUGAAGAAUUUAUCUGUUUUACAAAAUUUAUACAAACCAUGUAGAGUACGCAAAAGGAUAGGUGGUCUGCCUGCAAAUGAACUGGAGCAGGUUAAUGCAACCCUCUCUGAAUAUGACCAGAGGAUGCUCCUUCAUAUCACCACACAACAGGAUGAGAGCAAAAAGGAUGAGGGACUUGAUUUCCUGUAUGACUAUGAAAAGACAUUAGCUGAUCCAUCUAAAAUAACAACUGAAACUGAUAGGUUUACAAAGAAUCAGCAGAAUAAUGUGGAUGCUGCAGAGACCAAAAUUCACUAUGCUGUGUUACACUCGGAACUCACCGGAGAACUUUCUAAAGAGCUGGAAGAAAGUGAAAAGCUCAAAUAUUCAGAGGAAGUAGACAAGCUCACGAAAACUGUUGAUGCUAUGGAGAAAGAAGUAGAAAAAACAAAGAAGGAACAUGAAAGUAGAAUGGAAAAUGCAAAGCAGGAGUAUGCUAGUGUUUUAGAAAAGUUGCAAAAAAUUACAUAUAAGAUGAUGAACUCUGAUGAUAGUAGUGACAACAAUGUGAAGAAAUUCUAUAAGACAUUGAAGGAACUAGCGCGGGAAAGAAAUGAAUUAUUACAACUAAUCCAGCACAGGGAGAAGGAAAACAAGAAAUUGCAAGAAGAAUUAAGUGCCGCGCGAGACCCGGCAGCUAAAGUUGAGGAUCAACCACUCACUCAAACUGAAUUAAAGGAGUUCCGAGACAGAGAAGAAAAACUAAAAGCAUUUAUAACUAAUAUGAGAUUGGAACUGGCCCGAUUAAACAGAGAGGUUCUCAGAUACACUGUUGCCUUAGACGAGGUUCCUGGCACUGCUGAACUACUACAGUAUGAGAAGAGAUUUAUUGAACUAUAUAAUCAAGUUGCAUCAAAACACAAGGAAACUAAACAGUAUUAUAUAUUUUACAAUACGCUUUUUGAAGUUAAACUUUAUACUUCAAAGGAAUUAAGUCUGCUAAAUUCCAUUUUGGAUAAUUAUGAAGAGGCCAUGUCUUCAGCCAGAAAGAGAGAAGAGUUUAUGACUCAAUUCGAGUCCAUCGUCGAAUGGGUGAACCAAACAGUCAAGAAGGUCGAACAGAAAUUCAAACACGAGAAGGACCAGAAGACAGCCCUCCACGCGGAGUACUCACGGCUCAUGGACGUCCAGAGACAGUACGCGGCGGCUCUUAAGAAACUCGCAGAAGAGAGGCAGAAGUUCGGAAAGCGGAACAGUUGAUCUGACGGUGUCGACAUUUUUGUAUAAGUACAAGUCAUGAUACUUACAAGUUAUGCUCAUAUACGAUACGUAUAAGGAAUGUCAACGCGAAUGUUACUUCUGUGGGUAUGGGAGUCCGUAUGGCCUAUGGACUCCUGUACCGUACUUAUCCUACGGCAUAGGCCAGGUGUUGGGAAACCGUGGCUCUUAAGCUGCAUGCCGCUUUGGAGGUACAAUUAUGGAUCUUUAAGUCACCAAUACAACUAAUACUUUAGAGUUCUUGGACCAAUGAAAACAUUUUUGGCUGUUUGAACUUUAUAAAACUGCUGAUUUUUACUGUG